AGAUUAAGAAAUGAUGAAUCUUUCAACAGCUAUUAUCUCUUGUUUAUGCAUUGGAGUUCUUAGCUAUGAAAAUAAGUUUCAAUUUACUGGAACUGUGUAUUGCAAAAGUAACGCCCCAUGGUGUGUAAGAAUUCGUGUUAUAGAAGUUGAUACAUUAGUCGACGACGGAGUUGCCUCAGUUGAUUUUUGUUCAAAUGAAGUUACUCAAACUUACGAUAUUGGAGGAGUGCAAGAAAAUGAUGGACUUCUGGACCGUAAUUUUGAACUCCAAAUGGUUGUAUUCCAUAACUGCAGUCGCAACACUGAAACUGUCUUCAAAACGGGAAUCUGGAGAAUUCCGCUUCCGAAGGCUCCAACUGUACACGCUCCUAUUCGCCAACAUUUGAACUUGAAUACGAAUAAUUCACAAUAAUUUUACGAUCUUUCACAAUUUUUUUAUUUUGCUUCUUUUUCGAAAAUAAAAUUCAAGAAUCAG